UACAUACUCUUAUAAGAAACAUAACAAUAAUUACCCAUCACGACUUAGGAUCCUGCAAGCUUGUUGAUUAUAGGGGGGGAAAAGAAGCAUGGGUUCCAAUGAACUGCCAUCAAAGCUUCCUAUUCUCGACUUCGCCAAGGAAGAUUUGAAGCCUGGCACAAGUUCUUGGCUCAAAGCCUGCAGUGAUGUUAGGCUAGCGCUUGAAGAGUAUGGCUGUUUUGUAGUAGAGUACAACAGACUACCUCUAGAACUUAGAGAUAAAGUCUUUGGUGUUUUAAAGGAGUUGUUCGAUCUCCCGACUGAAACAAAAAUGCAGAACAAAUAUGAGAAGCCCUUGAAUGGUUAUGUUGGACAGAUUGCCAAACUCCCUCUCCAUGAAAGCAUGGGAAUUGACAAUGCAACAUCUCUAGACGCAACUCAAAAUUUCACAGAUCUCAUGUGGCCUAAUGGGAACGAUCGCUUCUGUGAAUAUGUUCUCAAGUACGCUAAUCUAGCUGCAGAGCUAGACCGAAUGGUGACUAGAAUGGUAUUUGAAAGUUAUGGAGUAGAAAAGUACCAUGACUCUUAUGUUGAGUCUACUACUUACCUUCUUCGGCUUUUGAAAAAUAGACCUCCCAAGGUGGACGAGCACAAUUUAGGUUUUAUCACUCACACUGACAAGAGCUUCACAACCAUACUUCAUCAAAAUGAAAUUAAUGGGUUGGAAGUGGACACCAAGGAUGGCAAGAAGAUCAAUGUUGAGCUUUCACCUUCGUCUUUUGUUGUCAUAGCUGGUGAUGCAUUAAUGACAUGGAGCAAUGACAGAGUAAUAUCUCCUAGCCACCGUGUUAUCAUGAACGGAAAAAUAGACAGAUACUCCCUGGCGCUGUUUGCUUUCAACAAAGGAAUAAUACAAGUUCCUGAAGAACUUGUUGACGAGGAGCACCCUUUAAUGUACAAGCCACUGGAUCAUAUUGGGCUCCUUCAUUUCUAUCGGACAGAAGAGGGAUACAAAAGCAAAUGUCCAAUCAAGGCUUAUUGUGGCGUUUGAAAUUAAAGGGAAAAAUGGACUUUGUACAAUAAUUAGUUGAUGCAGUCUACUGCUUGCUAUAUAAGGCCUGUUUUCAUGUAUUUCGAUUCCAAUGCCAGUGUUUUCCUUUUCUUUUUCUGAAGGUUGAUGGGUUUUCUUUUUCUCUUUUUUUGUGCUUGCAUUUCAAAAUGUAUUAAUGCAUGCUUCGUACAAGAAGCAAUUUAAUGAAUGUCAUAUGUGGUUAUGGUUAGAAA